GUGAGAUUGAUUGCGAGUAUAGUCGGCUGCAGUUGCCGGCGGCAGGUCCGGCUGCUGGACGAUUUAGGGGUCUCAUUAUUCAGGCGCCUUGAAUCAUCUUAUUGCAUCUUGAUUUCAUCACACACGAGAUAAUGCGCCCGCGAUGAACAACACCACAAAUCAACCCCAGGAUGCCUUGAGCAAUGCCCUUGAGCUAGUCAACCAGGCAGUCGAUCAGUUACAGAAGAUACCCGGUUCCUCGAUCGCUAUUCGCUACAUCCGCUCCAGCUACCAAGAUGAUCCUGUGCGCUCGGCCAUGGAGCUGUUCCUGUUCCUCUUCGCCGUCUACUAUCUGGUCUCGCCGGCAUACUCGACAAAAAAGCAGAAGCAGAUUCCCUUGACCGAGGAGAUUGACGAGCUCGUUGACGACUGGACUCCUGAGCCUUUGGCAGCGCCUGUCACCGCCUUCGAAGAGGCCGAGAAUGAGAAGAGACCAGUCAUCGUAGGUCCCUCCGCGCCCAAAUCCAAGCUCGCGAAUGGCCGAACCGUGACAAACCUUGCCACCUACAAUCACUACAACUUCAUCAACUCCGAAAGCAUCAAGGAGGCCGCCGUCAAGACUCUGCGCAAUUACGGUGUCGGCCCUUGCGGUCCACCCGGUUUCUAUGGUACUCAGGAUGUCCACCAGACGCUCGAAGCCGACAUUGCCGCUCAUCUGGGUGCACCUGCUGCCAUCGUCUAUGCUCAGUCUUUCAGCACCAUCUCUUCCGUUAUUCCUGCCUUCUCCAAACGUGGCGAUAUCAUCGUUGCGGACAAGGCUAUCAACUUCGCCACUCGUAAGGGUAUUCAGAUUUCACGCAGUACAGUCCGAUGGUACGAACACAACGACAUGGAAGACCUCGAGCGCGUGCUCGCCAAACUGGUCAAGGAAAACGCUCGCAAGCCGCUGACUCGUCGUUUCAUCAUCACUGAAGGCCUGUUCGAGAACGUCGGAGAUGUCGUCAAUCUUCCCAAACUCAUCGAGCUCAAGCUGAAGUACAAGUUCCGCAUCAUCCUGGAUGAGACAUGGUCAUACGGUAUACUGGGCCGCACAGGUGGAGGUGUUACUGAGCAACAGAACGUGGAUGCCAGCCAGGUAGACAUGAUCAUCGGCUCUCUCGCUGGUUCUCUUUGUGGCGGCGGUGGCUUCUGUGCUGGCAGUGAAGAAAUUGUCGAGCACCAGCGUCUCUCUGGUAGUGCAUACACCUUCUCGGCCGCGCUGCCCGCCAUGCUUGCAACGACUGCUAGCGCAACCACCCGAAUUCUGCAAGAACAACCAGAACUCCUAGCUGCGCUGAGAGAGAACAUCCGCGCCAUGCGCGCCCAAUUGGAUCCUCGCAGUGACUGGGUUACUUGCACCAGUGCCGUUGACAACCCUGUCUUGAUGCUUGUGCUAAAGGACGAAGUACUCGAGAGCAGGCAGUUGAGCAUUCAGGAGCAGGACGCCAUCAUGCAAGACAUUGUCGAAGAGUGCCUUGCCAACGGCGUCUUGAUCACCAGACUGAAGAGCAUGCCUCCACCAUUAGGUGGUACACCUCGUGACGAGGGAUGGCAGCCUCAAUCUGCAGUCAAGGUCUGCGUGACCACUGGUCUGUCGAAGAAGGAGACGGAGAAGGCUGGUGUUGUCAUCAGGCAUGCCAUCACCAAGAUCAUGACGCGCAGAAAGUGAGACUAAAAGAGCUGCUCUGGAUUUGUCAAGCCCUUCUUCCUUCGAUGGCGUUUUUUCAUGGCAAAGCGACUUUGUAUUCAGAGUCUGUACAAAUAUAUAUCCCUUGUAAUUGUGAAACGCAAGACCUUCGUUAACAGCAUCAUCGUGGCCUUUUCAGAGCCUCGUUCAAGAAUACACGCUUGAUGGGAAUAGUGGUCGUGUUUUGGAGAGGGUUUGGAUGGCGGAGGAUAAGCUUACUCUUACGCCCGCUAAUCGAAGAGCGAUGUGAUCAAGGAAAUA